CCCCCCGUGUUUGGUUUCCGUCGUGAUCUCUGUGCAGAAAUCACCACUUUUCUCCCAGUUCGCCGGUCCGCACUGAGCAGCAGGAAUAUGCUCAUGAAGGAGUACCGGAUCUGUAUGCCUCUGACAGUUGAAGAGUACAGAAUUGGACAGCUGUACAUGAUCAGCAAGCACAGCCAUGAGCAGAGUGACCGAGGGGAGGGUGUGGAAGUGGUGCAGAAUGAGCCCUAUGAGGAUCCCAACCAUGGCAAUGGGCAGCUAACAGAAAAACGAGUCUAUCUCAACAGCAAGCUGCCUAGCUGGGCUAGAGCAGUUGUUCCCAAAAUAUUUUAUGUCACAGAGAAGGCCUGGAAUUAUUAUCCUUACACAAUCACAGAAUACACAUGUUCGUUUUUGCCUAAAUUCUCCAUUCAUAUAGAGACAAAAUAUGAGGACAACAAAGGAAGCAAUGACAGUAUUUUUGACAAAGAAGCAAAAGAUCUGGAGCGAGAAGUCUGCUUUAUUGAUAUUGCCAGCGACGAGAUUCCCGAGCGCUAUUACAAGGAAUCAGAGGAUCCCAAAUACUUCAAGUCACAGAAAACUGGGAGAGGCCAAUUGAAAGAAGGCUGGAGAGAGACCCAUCAGCCAAUUAUGUGUUCCUACAAACUUGUGACUGUGAAAUUCGAAGUCUGGGGACUUCAAACCAGAGUAGAGCAAUUUGUACACAAGGUGGUCAGAGACAUCCUGCUGAUCGGUCACCGGCAGGCGUUUGCCUGGGUGGAUGAGUGGUAUGAUAUGACUAUGGAUGAUGUUCGAGAAUACGAGAAAAAUAUGCAUGAAAAAACCAACAUUAAAGUUUGCAACCAACAUUCAUCUACUGUGGAUGAAAUAGAGAGCCAUGCCAAAGCAAGAACAUGACAAUGGAUGAAGUCCGAGAGUUUGAACGAGCCACUCAGGAAGCUACCAACAAGAAGAUUGGGAUUUUCCCACCGGCAAUAUCUAUCUCUAGCAUUUCCAUGCCUUCCUCAACCCGCAGUGCUCCAUCUAGUGCUC